AUGGCUUGGGGGACCUUCCGCUUUUUUUUGCUGCCUGUAAAUCUCGAUGAGCGUUGGAGCUUGCUGGUUAUGGAGAAUUAUCUGAAAGGGGGAAGCUGGGCUACCUGUGUUCUGUGCUCAAGUGCUUAUUCCAAGCAAUACACUCUGAUGCAGCGGGCCUCCAAGAUCCACUCACUUGGGUAUGUGCGUAAGCCUCGCCAACCAUACCGCAUCGUUUGCGGUAUUUACAUGCUGCACUAUCUGGACAAGGUGAAGUGCUACGUCGAGAAACACCAGCCACGCUCGCUCGUGAACGUGGUGAGUCUACCAACGAUCGAUCCAUUUAACAAUGCGAGCGCGUAA